AUGUACGAGUUCGGCUCUGAUUCGUGGAGGGUUGUUGAUGAUAUCAUGGAUCCUGGCUGGCGUCUUGGAUACUGUAGUAUCAACGUGUCUUUGAAGGGAAGUAUGUACGGGUUCGCUGAAGACAAAACAAAGCCGCAAUCCAUCGUGUCCUUGGUCAGAUUUGAUUUCUCAACAGAGAAAUGUGUGCCUGUGCCUCUUCCCUAUCAGCGUAACCGUUUUCAAGUGGCAGGUCUUUCCGUUGUUAAAGACGAGAAACUUUCGGUCUUGUUACAGCCGAACGUACAUCCAAGACUGAGAUAUGGGUGA